CAUGGUUUACUCAUAAGCAAAACAAACAAUUUUCGAAGCAGUGAUUAGUCAUUGUGCGUCCCAUCAUGGCCUUAGUAGAUGUGGGGAUGUUUGUUAUGCAAGUCUCAUUGGCAAUAGUAGCAGCUUCAAUAACAACCACCAGCACCCAAGUAGCAGCUGAUCAAGCCAGCCUCUUACAGCCUCAAGCCAAGCCUAACUGCCCCGACCGUUGUGGUGACCUCACAAUCCCAUACCCAUUUGGCAUCGGUGACGGCUGUUACCGACAGUUGCCGGAACAAAAUCACCAAUUCAGCAUCACUUGUGACCAGUCCACCAAACCUCCAUCAGCGUACUGGACAAGUGCUAAACGCUGGACAAGUGCUAAAGUCCGGGUUACAAACUUCAACAUUUCAGAGGGUGAGUUGCAAAUUAUGAGUUACAUAGCGAAAGAUUGUUAUGACGCCCAGGGUAGUCGAACAUACCGAACCACCCCUUUGCUCCGAGUUGAUCCUCCUUUCACCAUCUCCAGUCGCAAAAACAAGUUCUUUGCCGUUGGUUGUGACACUUACGCAAUUUUUCGAGGUUUUCGAGGGGAAGAAGAGUUGGUAACCGGGUGCAUGUCUGUGUGCACCACCCUUGGCGGUGUCGAUUGGGAGUCUUGCACUGGCGUCGGCUGUUGCCAAACUCAAGUCCCGCAUGGACUGAAAAACCGCACCGUGAGAUUGAGUAGCUAUAACGGCCACAAGGAGAUAUGGAGCUUUAACCCUUGUAGUUACGCUUUUAUUGUGCAAGAUGGCCUCUUCACAUUUAAUACUACGAGUUUUGAACUACUGAACAACAUCCAGGAGCUUCCCAUGGUACUUAACUGGGACAUGGGAAACGUGCCAUGCGAGGUAGCUGGAAAGAGAAGUAUGGAUUAUGCAUGCAAGGCUAAUAGCAAGUGUGCUAAUCGGAGAAAUUUCACCGGCGGCAAUGGUUACUAUUGCCAGUGCUUGCCUGGCUACGAAGGAAACCCAUAUCUCGGUUGCCAAGAUAUUGACGAGUGCUCGGCUGAAACUAACCCCUGCGAGAAUGGAACAUGCCUAAAUUCACCUGCUGGCAAUUACUCUUGUAAAUGUCAUAAAGGGUUCCGGAGUGAUGGUCCAUGGAAGUGCGUUCCCUCCCCCAAAGUUAACAACACUUCCUUGAAAAUUUUAUUGGGUAUCAGUAUAAGCGUCUUUGUAUUGAUGACUGGAAUUUUUGGGAUAUAUUGCGGAUUCAAGAGGCGACAAUUCGAAAGACUUAAAGCAAAGUACUUCGAUGCAAAUGGCGGCCCAAAGUUGCUAGAAAAAUUGUCCACUCAAAAAGAAUCUCUUGAGACAAAAGCCCAAAUCUUUACUGCAGAAGUACUUAAGAAGGCAACAAACAGUUACCAUGAAAGUGAGAAGCUUGGUGAAGGAGGCUAUGGAACAGUCUACAAAGGUAUACUCAAGGAUGAAAGAGUGGUUGCAAUAAAGAAGUCCAAAAAUACUGCCCAGAUCGAGAGUGACCAGUUUGUUAAUGAGGUGGUUGUUCUCUCUCAAAUCAAUCAUAAAAAUGUGGUGAGGCUUAUAGGUUGUUGUUUGGAGACACAAAUGCCUUUGUUAGUCUAUGAGUUUGUUGGCAACGGCACUCUUUAUGAGCACAUUCAUAGAAUAAAUGGGAGAGAACCACUUUCGUGGGCGUUUCGAUUGAAGAUAGCCGCAGAAACUGCAAGUGCACUCUCAUACUUACACCACUCGACAUCGAUCCCAAUCAUUCACCGAGAUGUAAAAGCAACCAAUAUACUACUAGAUGAGAAGUUCACCGCAAAAGUGUCGGACUUUGGAGCUUCCCGUUUGGUUCCCGAAGAUCCAAAUCAACUUCCAACUAUAGUGCAAGGGACAAUGGGGUACUUAGACCCUGAAUAUCUUCAAUCAAACAUACUCACAGACAAGAGUGACGUUUAUAGCUUUGGAGUUGUCCUUGUAGAGCUACUCACAAGCAAAAAGGUGGUUUCAUUUGAUAGAUCCGAGGAAGAGAGAAACCUCGCAAAUGUCUUUGUUUCCGCGGCCAAAAAGGGUAUGUUGAAUCCAAUUCUUGAUGAUGAAAUAGUGAAGGAUGGAAAUUUGGAGAUCAUUGAAAAAGUGGCCAAUCUCGCCAAAAAUUGUUUAAGCUUAAAAGGAGACGACAGGCCUUCCAUGAAAGAUGUAGAGAGGGAACUGGAUGGAAUAUUAUUGCAAACUCUGGCCAUAGAACCAGGGGUAAAGUCUCAUUCCUCUGCCAAAGAGAUAGACCACUCUCUUGAGUCGUCUUCAAGCGCUUUCGUUGUCAAGGUUGGUGGUGAAGAUGAAGGUGAUAACACCACCAAUGUUACAAGUUACGACGUCAGCAUGGAAAAUCAAGCCCAAAUGUUGAAGCCUUUUGAUGAUGGUCGGUAAAGAUUCAUUGGCGUGUUCACGAUAUAUUGGAUUAGGAAAUCUAAACCAACGUCUGUCUAGUAAAAUAAAAGUACGCUGUAUUACAAGGUUAAGAUGAAAUCAUGUAAGGGUGAUUAAUUAAAAUUUACCCGCCAAAUCACAAGGGUCUUUUUCAUUUUAUA